AUGAAGAUCACUCCCCGCUUGGUGAUGCAGUUCUACAAGACGUUCAAGCGGCUGAAACGGUAUGACUCUAUCACCUUGCGUGUGGGGCCAGAUGAAGUGAGCACUACCAGCAUGACCAUGUUGGUUAAGAACCAUCGCAAGUGGGUGGCUAAGAUCUUGAUACUUCUGCUGGACCUGGCUGGUUACAAGGACACAGUCACGUGGGACGGCUUCCUGUACGUUUCUAUGCAGUUCUGUGCCCUUUCCAAGCUGGAGCUCUGCCAGGUCAUGUUUUAUGUCGUCUGCAAAGAGAUGAAAAGCUGGACAGUUCACUACCUGACCAGCAGCCAGCUUGAAGAGUUCUACGACGACUAUUACACUUGUCCGGUGCAAGCCUUCAACACCAACUCCAUCAACUUCGCCAAGCUGCCCUUGGCGAAGUUCCGCAUGCAAGACUUCAUUGAGCUCUGCUACAGGUUUAGUCAACUCAUCAAUCCUUGCCUGCAUUUGCAGAGGUCCAUGCAACAGUCCAUGCCUUCGCUGCGGGUCUGGUCAGACUACGACAGGAUCAAGGUCUACAAUCGUCGAAUUGGCAUUGACUUCUUCCGUUUGCGAAAAGUCACCAGCCUGCUCGAGCUUAUGCGUCGACAAGCUGGCACCAGCCUCGGACCUGUCCAGCAGCACCGAAUAGCUGUCAUGGAGCAGUUUAUGGCCCUGGAGAAUUCCAACCCAGGCUUCAAGGAUGAUAUCGAGAAGUUCAAGGCUGCUGUGCUUAAGGCUAUGGAGAAGUGCCUUCCUACGCAGAGCGGAAUCAUACCUCUGCCCAUGGGCGUGCAUCCGCCCGCCAAAAACAAGCUUGUUCGAGAGAUUCGCUUGCCAGAGUGGAUGCACCGCCAGCUCGAGGGCAACGAGGCGCCAGGGGUGCACGGCGGUCAAGCCUUGGGGCAUGCGGCACACCUCGAAGCGAGCAAGCAGGAGAAGGUUAUCCCAUCGAUGGCGAAAUCCCAGAUGCCAAGGACAAUUGAGGAGGCAGAAGCGCUGGUGCGUACGACUCAUGGUGAAGUUGCGCAGAAAAGCAAAGUCAAAGAAAUUGCUGCGCAUCUUUUCCAGCACGCAGCAAAGCCACCCAGCGAAGACAACAGGGUGAAAGGGGUCGUUCGAAGUCAGGAGCUGGACUUCAUCCGCAUGAGUCGUCAAGAGGUGGAUCCUCCAAAUCUUGUCCGAACAAUGCAGAGGUUGUUCCAAGAGGAGCUCAUCCACCGGAAGAGCAAAGAAGUUACAAUGUGA